GUUAGUCAACUGCGUCUGCGCGGCGGGAGGAGGAGGAGGAGAAGGACAGGCCCUGGAGGCCAACAGGGACGAUGAAGCAAGUAUUUAUUCUCCAAGAAAAGUCUCUGCUUGGCGCUCCUAUACAGUUCAAAUGGCAGAAAACCCAAGGAAACUACAUUGCAGUAGCUGGAGCUGGUUCCACCUUAAAGAUUUUUGAUCGCCACGGUCUAAUGAAGAAUGAAAUAAACUUACAAGGCACUUGCGUUGCUAUGGAUUGGGAUGUUGACGGAGACACUUUAGCAGUAAUUGCUGAAAAAUCCACCUGCAUCUACCUGUGGGAUGCUAACACAGAUAAAAUCAGUCAAUUGGAUAGCGGCAUGAGGGAUCAGAUGUCCUUCCUGCUGUGGUCAAAAGUUGGCACCUUACUUGCUAUUGGAACAGUAAAGGGAAAUUUGUUUAUUUAUAACCAUCAGACUUCUCGCAAAAUCCCUAUACUUGGUAAACACACCAAGCGGAUAACGUGUGGGUGCUGGAGCUCUGAAAACCUGCUGGCCCUUGGCAGUGAGGAUAAAAUGAUUACCAUUAGCAACCAGGAAGGGGAUACGAUAAGACAGAUCCUUUUGAAAAUGGAGCUUAGCGAUAUGCGCUUCUCAGUGCUGAGAGAUGAUAACAGAACAAGUACCGCCGAAAACACCAUCAGUGUGGUCGUUGGCAAGAAAAAUAUAUUUUUGAUUAACGUAAAUAGUCCAGAAAAUCCAGUUGAGCUGGGAUUCCAACAGUACUACGGCAGCAUUGUUUGUUACCACUGGUUUGGUGAUGGCUACAUCAUGAUUGGUUUUUCCCAAGGCUACGUUGCGGUCAUUUCUACACAUUUUCAAGAGCUCGGGCAAGAGAUUUUUCAAGCUCACAAUCAUAAAGAUAAUUUAACUAACAUUGCAAUAUCACAAUCAUUAAAUAAAGCUGCAACAUGUGGAGAUAACUGCAUUAAGAUCCACGAUUUGUCAGAGCUGAAAGAAAUGUAUGCUAUAAUAAACCUGGAUGAUGAAAAUAAAGGUUUAGGGGCCCUGUCUUGGACAGACGAUGGACAGCUGUUGGCAACAUCUACACAAAGGGGCUCGCUGCACGUCUUCCUGACCAAGCUUCCGGUCCUCGGAGACACCUACGGCACUCGGAUUGCACACCUCACCUCUCUCCUCGAAGUCACCGUAGCCAACCCCGUUGAAGGAGAACUCCCCAUCACGGUUUCCGUUGAAGUGGAGCCUAACUUUAUUGCUGUUGGCCUUUACCACUUGGCUGUUGGGAUGAACAACCGAGCUUGGUUUUAUGCCCUUGGAGAGGACAGUGUUGUUAAAAAACUAAAAGACGUGGAAUAUCUGGGGACGGUAGUCAGUAUGUGCCUUAAUUCUAACUAUGCGGCUGUGCUCUUUGAGGGCAAGGUCCAAUUACAUAUGAUAGAGAGUGAAAUUCUGGAUGCUCAAGAAGAGCGAGAGACUCGCCUCUUCCCCACAACAGCUAAUGAAUGUCGAAUUCUAUGUCACGCUUUAACAAAGGAUUUCCUGAUCUACGGAACAGAUGCUGGUGUUAUUCAUUAUUUCUACAUUGAAGAUUGGCAACACGUGAAUGAAUACCGACACCACGUCAGUGUCAAAAAAAUCUUUCCAGAUACAAAUGGGACCCGGCUGACUUACAUUGAUGAUAAAAAUGAAGGUUUUCUGUACUGCCCAGUAACUGAUGCUGUGUAUGAAAUUCCAAAUUUCUCACCAACCAUCAAAUGCAUUCUUUGGGAAAACUGGCCAAUGGAUAAUAGUGUGUUUGUUGCCUAUGAUGACGAUAAAGUCUAUACUUACGUCUUUCACAAGGAUACUAUUCAAGGAUCCAAGGUGAUUUUAGCAGGUGGCACCAAAAUUCCAUUUUCUCAUAAGCCAUUGCUGUUGUAUAAUGGAGAACUAACCUGCCAGACCCAGAGUGGGAAAACAAACAAUAUCUGCCUUAGCACGCAUGGUUUUCUGGGCAAUUUGGAAAACUUAAAACCCAAUGAGCUAAAACAAAUACUGACACAGACUUUAAUAUUGAAAAGAUUUUCUGCCGCCUGGGUGAUCUGCAUGCAGCUGGAUGACUCGGCUGCAUGGAAUGAACUAGGCAGCGCCUGUCUGCAUCACAUGGAAGUAGAGUUCGCCAUACGUGUAUAUCGUACAAUUAAAAAUGUUGGGAUAGUGAUGUCUUUGGAACAAAUAAAGGGGGUGGAAGAUCACAGUCUUUUAGCAGGACACCUUGCCAUGUUCACUAACAAUUUCAACCUGGCCCAGGAUCUGUACCUGGCAUCUAGCUGCCCCAGAGCUGCACUUGAGAUGAGACGAGAUUUGCAGAACUGGGACAGUGCACUGCAGCUGGCUAAACGCUUGGCCCCCGACCAGAUCCCGUUCAUCUCAAAGGAGUACGCUAUUCAGCUCGAAUUCACGGGUGAUUAUAUAAAUGCUUUGGCACAUUAUGAGAAAGGAAUUACAGGAAACAAUAAGUACCAGGACCACGACGAAGCCUGCCUAGCUGGAGUGGCUCAGAUGUCUAUUCGGAUGGGAGACAUCCGUCGAGGGGUUAACCAAGCCAUUAAACAUCCCAGCAGACUGCUCAAGCGGGACUGUGCAGCCAUUCUGGAAAAUAUGAAGCAAUUUUCAGAAGCGGCCCAGUUAUAUGAAAAAGGACAGUAUUAUGACAAAGCAGCAUCAGUAUAUAUUCGUUGUAAAAACUGGGCAAAGGUUGGUGAAUUGCUCCCUCACGUAACUUCUCCCAAGGUUCAUCUACAAUAUGCCAAGUCUAAGGAAGCAGACGGAAGAUACAAGGAAGCUGUUGUGGCUUAUAAAAACGCCAAGCAGUGGGAAAACGUCAUCCGCAUCUAUUUGGAUCACCUUGGCAACCCUGAAAAGGCGGUCAGUGUGGUCAGAGAAACCCAAUCUCUGGAGGGAGCCAAAAUGGUAGCCAGGUUCUUUCUCCAACUGGGAGACUAUGGUUCUGCCAUUCAAUUUCUGGUCAUGUCCAAAUGCAACAAUGAAGCUUUCACACUGGCCCAGCAACACAACCAAAUGGAACUGUAUGCUGACAUCAUUGGUUCGGAGGACACCCCCAUUGAAGACUAUCAGAGCAUCGCGUUACACUUUGAAGGAGAAAAGAAACAUUUUCUAGCCGGCAAGUUCUUUUUGCUCUGCGGCCAAUACGCACGGGCUUUAAAACACUUCCUGAAGUGCUCAAAUACAGAUGAUAAUGCAGCCCUAGAAAUGGCAAUCGACACAGUUGGGCAGGCCAAAGAUGAGUCAUUGACCAAUCAGCUCAUAGAUCACCUUAUGGGAGAGAGUGAUGGCAUGCCCAAGGAUGCCAAGUAUCUAUUCCGCUUAUACAUGUCCCUGAAGCAAUACCGAGAGGCUGCCCGCACUGCCAUAAUCAUCUCCAGGGAGGAGCAGUCUGCAGGAAACUAUCGAAGUGCCCACGACGUUCUCUUCAGCAUGUAUGCAGAACUAAGAACCCAGAAGAUCACGAUUCCUUCUGAGAUGGCCACAAACCUUAUGAUCCUGCACAGCUAUAUUUUGGUGAAGAUUCACGUGAAACGUGGGGAUCACAUGAAGGGAGCCCGCAUGCUGAUUCGAGUGGCCAACAACAUUAGCAAAUUCCCCUCCCACAUCGUGCCCAUCCUGACGUCCACCGUGAUCGAGUGCCACCGGGCAGGGUUGCGGAGCUCGGCCUUCAGCUUCGCGGCCAUGCUCAUGCGCCCCGAGUACCGCAACCGGAUCGAUCUCAAAUACCGAAAGAAGAUCGAAGCCAUGGUCAGGAGACCUGACACCACUGAGGCUGAAGAGGCAGCCACCCCGUGUCCGUUUUGUGAUUUCCUGCUUCCUGAGUGUGAGCUGCUCUGUCCUGGGUGCAAAAAUAAUCUCCCGUACUGCAUUGCCACGGUGGCAUGCAAGAACGACCGGCCUUUGGCCCCGUGGGAAGGGCCCCGCUCCAGCAAGCAGGAAGAGAGUCGGGGGUCCAGUCCCUGCUCUCCAAGCAGGGGGAGGCCUGCGGACGAGAAGGCUCUGGGCGGAAGAACCGCCUACCACCGGGCUCGGCGACCAUUUCGUGCAGAGGAGCCAAAACGGAUGAACGCUUUGAGCGACUGGCACACGACAUCCAUGCAGUGGACGACCUCCCACGUGACCCACGAUGUCAUAUGCGGUGCAAUGUGAAGGCAGCAUUGUACCACUGUGACUGUUUCAUAACAGUGGCCGUUUCUAGCUGUUGCUGCCAGUGGGGAUGGAAAAGAGGAGGGAGAAAGAAAAGGAGCGGGGAGCUCGGGAGAGGAAGGGAAGAGGAAGAAAAGGGUGGUGGGGGAGUUUUUGCCCCCCAGAUUUCAGUGCUAUGACUUUCGCUUCUCUUACAUGUUCCCAAAUGGCCCCAUUCUGUCAGUCAAUUGUAUUUACUGAGCUCUUACCGUGUGCAGGGUGCUGGACUAAAUGCUUGGGGGAGUACUCCCUGAGGGCCAAGAAAAGAUUAGUGAGUUGGGGAAGAGCGAUUCCAAGGCUGAGAAGGAGUGACGUCCUGCGACAAAACAGCCGGCGCCUGGCUGAACCCCACAGUAGCCUUCUCGAGGCUCCGGGUCCCUGCUCUCCAGGAGACCCAGCUGGCGGGGGAGACCCUGUGGAAAGCUGGCACCGGCACGAGGCUCAGAGGGUCCAGGUCUCGUCCUGAGGGCCAUGUCUCCGCCGACCUUGGGACUCUCCGACCUUGGGCUGGUCAUCAACACACACCGGAAGACUCCAAUCUGCGCAGCGGUCAUAGGAGGAUCAAUGGGUGGGACAGCACUUGGAGAGAUAAAAAUGUGACUGCAAUUGCAAUUUGCAAAACUAUUUAUUGAGUUCUCCUUAGAAAUGGCUGAGUUGUUGUAGGGUUGGCCACUCUGGCAAGCUCUUGAGUUAAGGACC